AUGCCAACGUCGACGGCCGCGUCGAUGGAUGAUAUGGAUAUGGAUGCUGUGGAACUGGUAUACCAUCGACGCUUGCAAGUGCCUCUCCCGAGCAAUGACAAUAUCAGCCUAACGUUUGCAGGCUUUCUCUCGGAGUCCUGGCGCAUCACGUCCAAAGGCAUGUUCGCAGGCUCCUGCAUCGGGGUAAUCUUGUUGGUCAUGGUUCUCGAAGCUCUUCGUCGCGCUGCGAAGGAAUACGAUGCCUUCAUCGUGCGGAAGCGGAUGACCGCCGUGCAGCCAUCUACCGCGACCAGUUCUCAGCCCAGUGACAGCGACUCGAGCAAAAAUGCAAGUGCCACAGCGACAGCUAUGCCUUCGAGGCCACUCAGCUUCAGGCCAACAAUGGCCGAGCAGCUCAUCCGAGCCCUUUUGCACAUGCUCCAAUUCGCAGUGGCUUACUUCAUCAUGCUUCUAGCCAUGUACUACAAUGGCUACAUCAUCAUUUGCAUUUUCAUCGGCGCUUUCAUCGGCGCGUUCGUCUUCAAUUGGACCAAUAUUGGACUGGGAGGAGAGAAUCGCGAAAUCACGUUCUGUUGCGGAUGA